CUCAGCGCGUUGCGAUCAGUUCGUUCGCCCCCGCCGCACACUCGUUCAGUUGCUCACUCGUUGCCGUCGCGUCGCCACGACUCUCCUCGCGUUUACUUUUCGCAUCAUGAGCCUGCAAGCCAACAACACAUAAACCUUCCAAAAUGAAGCCCCAUCGGUUAUAACGUUUCGUAUAUAAAUUCUUUUAAUUUUAGAUCGAAUAUAUUAUAUUGUGAUAUUUAGUUAGUUCUUCUAUUAUAUUGUUAUUAUUUAUUAUCUAUAAUGGCUUCGAAUUAUAGUACGUAGUAUAUUUUUAUAUUAACAAAUCAGUGCUCAAGAUAAUCUCAUUCCAAAACUCCCAGUAAUUGAAAUUAGUCUGAAAAGUUAAACUAGAAUCAGUUACGAUGACAGCCAAAACUCGCUCACAUUGGAAGGAAUAUGGAACAGCACUAUGUGCAACGCUAAUCACCGCGACAGCGGGUACCUGCUAUGGUUGGCCGUCACCGACCUUGGAAUAUCUCCAGUCUCCUGAAAGUCACAUACCUAUCACCUCAGCGGAGGGAUCAUGGAUUGCAUCAAUCAUGAUCCUCUGUUCGGCGUUUACGCCGAUCCCCUCUGCGUAUGCCGCCGACCGGUUCGGGAGAAAAACAACGCUACUCCUCGGAGCGCUGCCCUUCAUCAUCGGGUGGAUUCUGGUCAUCGUCGCCAAGUCCGCGACGCUCCUGUACGUGUCCCGAAUGUUCUCGGGGCUCGGCUACGGCAUCGUCUACACCGUAGCGCCCAUGUACACGGGCGAGAUUGCUACGAAUGAAGUCAGAGGAGCACUCUCUACCCUCAUCACGCUAAUGAAUAAAGUCGGUAUUCUUGCCCAGUACUGCAUCGGUCCCUACGUGUCGAUGCGGACGUUAGCUGCCAUCAACUUGAUCCUGCCUAUAAGCUUCGUAAUCACCUUCAUUUUCCUACCGGAGUCACCAUACUACUACUUAAAAUUUGAGAGAAGUGAGAGAGCAGAACGGUCUCUUAGAAAUUUGCGGAAUGGCGAUAUCAGAACAGAACUUAAAAAUAUAGAGAUUAAUGUCCAGGAAGACAUGAAGAACAGAGGGACGUGGUCCGAUUUAGUCACUGAAGCUACUAAUAGAAAAGCUAUGUGGAUAAGUUUGGGGGUGUUCACGAUUCAGCAGCUGUGUGGCAGUGCUGCCGUCGUGGCGUACGCUCAGACUAUAUUCAAGCAGAAUUCCAGUACUAUCGCCCCGCACCAUCAGUCUAUGAUCCUGGGAUGCAUGCAGGUCGCCACGUGUAUGCUGUCUGUCGUCCUCGUCGAUCGGGUGGGAAGGAAACCUCUUCUGAUUCUAUCUGCGUUGGGCGUGGGUCUGAUGAACGGCACAGUCGGAACAUACUACUACUUCUACAAGUUCCAUGCAAAUACCGAUGCCGUGGCAGCACUCCACUGGUUGCCCAUGGCUGCGCUGAUGGUAUACAUCGUGUGCUAUGCCAUCGGUCUCUCGACGGUCCCCUACGUCAUCAUUGGAGAAAUGUUCCCCACUAACGUGAAAUUAUAUGCCUCCUGUAUUGCUCACAUCUACACUGGCAUAUUCAUGUUCGCAGUUCAAAAGCUCUUCCAGGUGGUGAUGGACCUCUACGGCAUUUACACAGUAUUUUGGGGCUUCUCGGCGUUCUCGUUGCUUGGGCUGGUGUACAUGAUCAUCAUCCUGCCCGAGACUAAGGGCAAGUCGUUCGCGUGCAUCCAGGCUGGCCUUCGCGAGGACGUCGCGCGGUCCACCUCCUCCAAACUCAUGACCGUCGAGUAUUAAACCCAGAACUCUUCUCAUAGCUUAAGUUUAAUUUAAGGGAUCAAGUUGAAGAAAAACUUAAUGUUACUUAACUUUUAAUGGUAGUUUAACAUUAAGACGUACAGUUUUAUAUACAAAAGUAUUGUAAACGAGGGCCUUUAGAGUAGCCUGUAGAGGGCUAGUAAAGGUAGCAUGGUUGAGACGAGGAUGGGCGCCGAGGAGAAGGCGGUGAAGUCUGCGGGGUCGUAGUCCGCGGGGAGGCCUCGGGUGGCCACCACGCUGGAGUACAGCUUGGCCGAGUGCUUCGCCGUCCUUGUCUUGUUGGGGCUCUUGAAGUCGACCAAGUACAGACCGAAGCGGGACCUGCAUAUGCAUUUACAAACAUGACGAGUGAAAUUAUAUCUUGGAAGUUUGACUGA